CAAGGUCUCAGUGUACGUUUGGGUCGCAUCUCUCCAGCUAAUGUCGGGUCGUGUUGACACAAGGGAACGACAGGAGGCGCCGGACAUCAACAUAGUGGCGACAGCGGCAGGAUCUCUAAGCCUUCCAAGUCUCAAGUCGUCCCGUACAACGGCGAGAGCUGCCAGAACACGCUUGGCCAACCGCCUAGCAGCCCAACGUCAAGUCAUUCGAGAUCGCGAGGCCGAGGGAGUCGGUGAGGAGGACCCUGAGCUACAUGCACUCUUGGUUGAGGAGGAAGAGCUCGAGGACCACUAUGCCGACGCUUGUGCCAAGGUUACACUUGCUGAGCGAGCCUAUGAUGAGGCCUUGGUGAAAGCCCGUAGUCCUGAGCCAUCUAUUGACGCCAGCCCGACAGGCGAGGAGGAUGAUCUCGCUACUCCACUGGUCAAUACGUCCAACCCGUCACCGUCUAGACUGAAGAAUCCUAAUGCAAUCACGGCUAAGAUCUUCCUACCAAAAUUGAAGGAUAAAUUUCGGUUCCGAGAGCACAACGAGAUGGCCGGCAUCAUCUUUCAUGAGGCGGGUCUUGGCACUCUCGAUGAUCAGGGGAUCUUCACUGCCACCGUGCCAGAGACGAUCUUGGUCACGAAGUAUCUGCAGAGUCUCGAGAAUGUGGCUGAAGUGUACGAGAGGGCGAUGGACGUAGCGAUCCAGACCAAGUAUCGUUGGCGGGAGAUGAGCGAUAUACUCAAUCAGGUCUUCGGGGACCGGGUAGCAAUGCGCACUGAGGUAGCCCGCCGUCUCCGAGAGCUGAGGUUUAAGGGUUAUCAGUAUGUUGACGACUUCAUCCACCAUGUCACUAUUAUCACGAACAUGUGGAUGGCGGUGUAUUCAGCUGGGUUCAGUGAGUCGCGUUACCUUGUUGCCAGUUUCCUCGCUAAACUACCUUCUGACCUUCUUGAGGGAGUUGUUAAUCGCAUCCUGAGAGAAGUCCCGAAAGAAGGGGCGCCUAUAUGGGAGGAUUACGUCCGGGUUCACAACACGGCUCCUGCCCCAAGGUUAUCACCAGCGGUUGAUCUAUGUCAAAUGGUACGGUCGGUUUGUAAAGUUGCGGAGGUGACCCAUCACCUGCAACCUAAAGCGUCACCAGAUCGGAUUCGACAAGUGUCGGAUAACCAAGGAUCUCUACGGCGUGGACCUACCAUUACUGAGUGGGCAUCCAAUUUCCCGGAGGGAUCGGUCGUGUACUUCCGCACUGAUAAGGCGAUCUCCCCAGAGUCGAUCCGCAAGACCUUCAGUGAUCUCGGUGCUAAGGAAGUGCGUGCUCAUGUCCAUAAACGUGGGCACCGGUACGGGUUCGCUACCUUUGACAACAAGGCCGAGGCCUCGAAACUGAUCCACAACGGUGUUCCCGCGAGCUCCGAGGGGACGUCUCAGGGCCUGAAGAUCCGAGCAUUCGUCCCGGGGAGUACUCGUGGUAGGCCAGUUAUGAAGUCGGGAAACUAA